UGUGAAGAAAAAAGUUGUGCUUGUGCACACUAACCCAUGCCAAGAGGGUAUGACAAACAUUUAAUUACACAUUAAAAUUACGACCCCCUCACCCCCAGCGGAUCUUCCUUCGUUCUGCACAGCCUGGCUGACAGCAGCCACGCCCGCGCGUGACUGCGCCACUAGCCGCUGAUAGGCCAGCGGAGCGCCCCCUGGCGCGCGGAAGAGCGCUCGAGUGCGUGCGCCGGCGCCUCAGCUCUUCUCCCCUCCCCCGCAGGUCCUAGCGCCGGCGCGAUCAGGCGUGUCUCUUGUUCGCUGCGGGGAUUGCGUAUCGGCGGCAAGCUGGGCGAGCGUUUGCUUCGUAGCUAACCCAGAUUUACACCACCUCAAAGAUUACUGAAAGGUAGCCUUUCUGCAAUCGAUGGCAUCUCCAAAGCCUGAGCCUGUUACAGAGUUUGAGACAGUCGCCAAACAGGAGGAAGAGUACUGUGAUGAAGACAAAAAGGACACUCCUCCACCUCUACCAUCGGCCAAGGGCAAGCGGGCCAAGCCAAGUCGGAACUUCAAGUGUUCGGCCUGCCGCAAAUUUUUUCCGAGCUUGUCACAGCUCCACUCUCACCGCGCUUCUCAUUCCAAGGAGCGCCAGCACCGCUGCACUCAGUGCAGCAAAGCAUUUGAGAGCAGGGCCCAGCUGUCCAAACAUCUGCGCUCGCACUCCUCGGACCGACCCUACCAAUGCUCGCUGUGCCACAAGGCCUACAAAACAGCAGUAGAGCUUCGUAACCACUCGCGGAGUCACACUGGCGAGAAACCCUUCAUCUGUGUAGAAUGUGGCAAGGCCUUCAUGCAGUCUAUCUGCUUGCGUAUCCAUAUGACCCAGCACACGGGUGAACGGCCCCAUGUGUGCAACCAGUGCUCCAAAAGUUACCCUACGUUGUCCAAGCUCAAGGUCCAUCAGCGCACACAUACAGGAGAGAAACCCUAUGAAUGUGCUGAAUGUGGAAAGGGCUUUGCUGACCCAUCUGUGUACAGGAAACACCGCAGGAAUCAUCAGGGUCACCGGCCCUAUGUGUGCAGCCAGUGCGGCAAGACCUACACUGAACUGAAGGACCUGAAGAACCACCAGAGGUCGCACACUGGGGAGAAGCCGUACCUCUGCUCGGACUGUGGCAAGGCCUUCUCCCGCUCCUCUUCUUUGGCCUGCCACUUGCGCAUUCACUCCGAGAGCAAGCCAUACAAGUGCACGCAGUGCGGCAAGGACUUCACCCAACUUUCCUCAUAUCAGAGCCACCUGCGCACGCAUUCUGGCGAGAAGCCCUUUCUCUGUCCCCAGUGUGGCAAGAUGUUCUCUGACCCUUCCAGCUUUCGCCGGCAUCAGCGAGCUCACUCGGGUGUUAAGCCCUAUCAGUGCGACAAAUGUGAGAAGCGUUUCCGGCAGCCGGCUGACCUGGCAGUCCACCAAAGAAUCCACUCCGGACAGCGACCUUACAAGUGCCAGAACUGUGAUAAAGCCUUUGUGGCUUCUUGGGAUCUCCGGCGCCACAUGCUGGUUCAUAGUGGUCAGCGACCCUUCUCUUGCCUCGAGUGUGGGAAAGCCUUCCCAGAACGUUCAAGCUUAAACAAGCACCUGCGGGUUCACUCCGGAGAGAGACCUUUCAAGUGCAGCCUGUGUUGUAAGGCUUUUGUCGUCUCAUCCAGCUUACGCAAACAUGAGAGGACGCAUGUCAUCGACAAGCUAAUUACUGACCCCGCAUCAGCAGGUGGGAAUGAAGUAGCAUUGGUCAGUUUGGAUGAACCAGCCCCCGUGGAUGAGACCCCACCCCCCGCCGAUGGCGGCAAGUUUUCGUGUGAUCAUUGCGAUGCUGUUUUCGAUGUCUGGACCUCUCUACGGUCUCAUGAGCGCAUCCAUUCCAUGGAGGCAACUUCCUCCUGUGCUCACUGUGGUGCCAUCUUCAGCACUCUGGCAGAGCUGCGGAAGCACGAAAAGACACACCCCCAGCCAAGAAGCCACACCUGCAACACGUGUGGCAAGGCAUUCCUUAACAAGGCCGGGCUUCGCAAGCACGAAAGGAUCCACUCAACCGAACGGCCACACACCUGCUCCCUCUGCGGCAAAGGUUUCCUGUUCCCGGCCUAUCUGCGCAAGCAUGAAAAAACCCACAAGGAUGGGUCCUUAGAUGUCCUUCCUGACGCCACCAACCACCUGCCUCUGGUCCAGUCACAGGCUGGAAUCACCACCACCAUCCCAGUUUCCAUUAGCACUUUCCAGAGUUUAGCCACUGCAACCGCUGUGUACCUGGACAAGGCGUCCGAAGUGCAGUGGGAGGAUGUUGAAGUCCAUAAAGUGACUGAAGACUUUAGCAAACACUGUGAGGAGCCCAAGUGAACCAGUCAGUUGGGAGUGUGAGAUAAAGUAUAUCGUUAGGGCGUCCCCUACCCACUGUCAAUGUACAUUAGGAAGAAAAAUGAAUGGAUGAAAAAAAAAACGAAUUGUAGUUUCCUAUCCCACCGUCCUGUUCCAUCAUAUACUGUGGUAGAAAAUGUUAGUUUCGACUUUAUUUUUAUACCUUCUCUUUAUACUCUGAAUUUCAGAGCUAUCAAUUAUGGAAUGACUCUAGAAAGAAACACUGAAUAGCUGCUUAAGACUUGUUUGUAAGAAGAAUUCCAUUUAAGAAAAAGUGCACAGAUUCACAAUGAAAGAAGAAACUAUAAAAAACAAACACCUGUGACCUUUUCUUUUUUUUGUUACUUAUAGAGAAAAAAAAUCAUUUAUGCUUCAAAACAUAAUGGCAAAGCAAUAAUGUCUUAAAGUCGUGCCUUUUGUAUUUUUCACGUGAAACACUAGAAAGAGAGAAUUAUCUAGGCAAGUGAGGUGGGGUGGGAGAAGAAAGAAUGAUACGUUAUUAUUCAACACUAGGGGGCAGUAUGAACCCCAGGAUCACUGUAAUAGAAUCAAUGUCCUCAAUGUGAUUAACUGGGUGGGUUUUUCUUUGUCAUAGCAUUUGGUGGGUGGGGUACAAAAUUGUUCAGAUGGCUUUUGAGAGGGGUUAUGGAAAAUCUCUGUAAAGUUGCAAGAAUUUGCCAGAAAAGUUAAACUGAAAGAAUUUUUUUCUUUGGUGCAUGCUGAUGUUGAGGGAGUAAUCAAAACUGAGAGAAUUACGAGAGAAGGUGACCUAAUUUGACUCUGUGCUCACUGAAAGGUCACUCACAGUAUGACAUUGUGACAUGUUCGUUAUGAAAUUCUUGGUCGUCAAUAUUUUUUGCUAUAACAAUCAUUGCUGGAGAAAUGAAUGGCAUGAAAAGUGAGAGUUUGAUGGAUGCUUUAAACUCUGGUUGCCCAGUGAAUUAUUAUUAUUAUUAUUAUUUUUUUUUUUUAAUCAAAGAUGUGUGAUUUUUUAUUUUCUGUUGGAGGUGAAUUUGGGAGAUUUUGUAUGAGCGGGAUGUCAAGGGCACAAAUGUUCGAUUGAACAGUGAACUGAAAAAUUCCACUGUGCUGCUCUCCCUUUGUAUAUGCUAUGCUUAAUACCUUCAUCUUUAUUUAUUUGUAAUGCAUUUUCUUGGCAAAACACCUUUGUUUAAUGGAGGACUUCGUCGGUAAUGUACCCGCAGGUAAAAUGUAUGCAUAUCAGAAUAAAAAGAGUACAUUUGUACGCUCAUGCAAUAGAAA